UCGGGAGCCUGGAUGUGCCGCGGCCCAACAGCCGCGUGGAGAUCGUGACGGCCAUGCGGCGCAUCAGGUAUGAGUUUAAAGCCAAGAAUAUCAAGAAGAAGAAGGUGAAUCUCAUCGUGUCGGUGGAUGGUGUGAAGGUCAUCCUGAAGAAGAAGAAGAAGCUCCUUUCAUUGCAGAAAAAAGAGUGGGCCUGGGACGAGAACAAAAUGCUCGUCAUGCACGAUCCCAUCUACAGGAUAUUCUAUGUAUCUCAUGACUCCCAGGACCUAAAGAUCUUCAGCUACAUUGCCAGGGAUGGCUCCAGCAACGUCUUCAGGUGCAACGUCUUCAAGUCCAAGAAGAAGAGCCAGGCCAUGCGCAUCGUGCGGACGGUGGGACAGGCGUUCGAGGUGUGCCACAAGCUGAGCCUGCAGCACACGCAGCAGAACGCCGACGGCCAGGAGGACGCGGACAGCGAGAGGAACGGAGACGACCUGGACGUGCCAGCCUGCCGCCUCUCCGGCGUGGACAGAGCGGCCGCCUCGGCCGAGGAGACCGACAUCGACGCCGUGGAGCUGCCGCUGCCCGGAGCCGACAUCCUGGACUUCAGCCGCGGCGUCACCGACCUGGACGCCGUGGGCAAGGAGAGCUGCCUCCACCCUGAAGAUAUCCUGACGGCGUCACCCAAGAUGCUGCUGCCCUCAUCUGCCCAGCUGCCCGACCUGGGAACACCGCUCUCUGCCCACCACCAGAUGCAGCUCCUCCAGCAGCUCCUGCAGCAGCAGCAGCAGCAGACACAAGUGGCCGUGGCACAGGUCCACCUGCUGAAGGACCAGCUGGCGGCAGAAGCGGCGGCCCGGCUGGAGGCCCAGGCUCGUGUGCACCAGCUCCUGCUCCAGAACAAGGACCUGCUGCAGCACAUCUCGCUCCUGGUCAAACAGGUGCAGGAGCUGGAGCUGAAGCUGGCGGGGAACACGACCACAGGCUCCCAGGACAGUCUGCUGGAGAUCACCUUCCGCUCCAACGCGCUCCCCGUCCUCUGCGACCCGAGCACCCCGCAGCCCGAGGACACCCACCCGCCGCCGCUGGGCCCCAGCUCGGCUUUCCCCAGCGCCGUGGGCAGCCCCAUAGGUAGGAACGACUGUCUGGUGAAGCUGGAGUGCUACCGCUUCCUGCCGGACUCGGGGCCGCCCGGCCCGGAGCCAGCCCUGGGCAGCCUGGAGCUCAUCAAGUUCCGAGAGUCCGGCAUCGCCUCCGAGUACGAGUCCAACACGGACGAGAGCGAGGAGCGCGACUCCUGGUCCCAGGAGGAGCCGCCGCGCCUGCUCCACGUCCAGCCCAGGCAGGACCUGGGCGACAGCCUGGAGGACGAGAUCGCGGUGUAGGGGUCAGAGGAGGCGGUGCACAGCAGCCAGGACCUGCGGGGGCUGGGAAGGAGCCCCACGGCCCUGGCAGGGACGGGACAGCCCGGAGGGAGGGGGCAGAGCAGGGAGCGAGUGGAGGUGAGGAUGGAGCCGAGCAGGGAGCCAGUCGAGGUGAGGAUGGAGCCGAGCAGGGAGCCAGUGGAGGUGAGGAUGAAGCCGAGCAGGGAGCCAGUGGAGGUAAGGAUGGAGCCGAGCAGGGAGCCAGUGGAGGUGAGGAUGG